CCCAUCUCUGAAUAUUCGGCCCUUCGCGCCCGCAGGACAAAUUCUUUCGCGCCGUGACGUCGCACGUCCCCCGCUUUCGCCCCUCGAAUGUCGAGAUUGGCAAGAAUUGGCUCACCUUUAGCAAGUCUGACCCUGCUCGUCAUCGACUCACUAGGCAGGAGGUCGAGUCGCUGAGGUUUCGCCCAGAGAGAGCCUUGGAGGAUGCGCCUAGCGACUACGAGGAAGAAGAUGAGGUCAAGGUUGAGCCUCUCGUCCAUCACUGCGAGCUUGGCAUGUGGGAUGACAAAGGACGCUUCGCCCCCGCCUGGCAGAGCAUCGUCUUCAACGACCACCAUUCGACUCUGUACAUCGACGCCGACCUCGGGCGCCUGAUCCUUCGCAUCGACCAACAGCUCAUCUCAAUCUCGCUUUCCCGCGUCGAGCGCCUCAUCGUCGAUCAAGACGACUUCUACAUUGAAUGUAGCCAGCUGCCAAUGUACCUCGCCGACGAGAACAUCGAGUCAGGCAACAUCGCCAUCCAUAGUCGCCAGAUUGGAGCAAUGCCCAUGAACGAUGGCUUCCCUCGCAUCAAGUUCAUUCGCCUCGAUCACCUCGACGCCAAUCACGCUCCAGUCACGCCAUUCUGCUACGUCAUCAAGGUGAGGUGCCGAGAUGAGGACGAGCUCGAAGCUUGGCUCUACAGGUGGCAGAGCAAGAUCGCGGACCUGGUCAUCAUCCUUCAGCCGGGCCGAGACAUGCGUAACUCAAUUCUGGCGACCCAUCUCAAGACCCUCGACGACUUCUACCCGACCAUCUCUUUCCCUCUGGCAUUCCAGGUCCAGAAACGCAUGCACGCCGGCUACCUCCUUCCGAUCGAAGUCAUCAAUCUCAUUCCCCUGAUCUGCCGCAUCAACGAGCACCUCACGCCGUGGCAGGCUGCUCGCCUUUUCGAAGGAUCGUGCACCGACCUCUUCCAUCGCCAGCCGGGAGAGGACGCCCCUUGCUCCUUCGAGCGCUUCAGCGAGCUGCUCGAGACAUCCCUCGAGCGUGCCCUCAGCGGUUCCCUACCAGGCCUCAUGGGCGAAAUCGAUCAAGGCAUCGAGAUCCACUCGUCGACCAUUACCCCUACAAGUCUCACACUGGACGGCGCUUUCCUAGACGAGGGCAAUCGCAUCAUCCGUCGCUACCCCGGCCAAGAGGAGAACUUCAUGCGUGUGACCUUCGGCGAGGAGGACGGCUCCAGGCUCUGGGACUCCUUUGUCAUCGACCAAGACUCGAGGAUCUUCUCUGAGCGUUGGCACAACUUCCUCACCGACGGCAUUAGUAUCGGCGGUCGCCUCUUCAAAUUCCUUGCCUUCUCGACCUCAUCGCUCAAGCAGCACACGGCCUGGUUCGUCACCGACUUCACCAAUGCUGUCAGUGGCGAGCAAGUCUCAGCCGCCUCGAUUCGUGCUGGCAUCGGCGAGCUCGAGAGCAUUCGCAUCCCCGCCAAGUACGCGGCUCGAAUGGGGCAGGCAUUUACAACGACGAACCUCGCCGUCGAGAUUGACCACGACAAGAUCGGCGCUCUUGAUGAUAUCGCUCGUGCCUGGCGCAACCGCGUCUACGACUUCUCCGACGGGUGCGGAACUCUCUCCGCCGUUGCGUUGAAGCGCCUCCAUAACCGUAUCGGCCGCAAGCGUCGAGGUGGCAAGAAGAGAGUGCUUCCCGUUGUUUUCCAGAUUCGAAUGGCAGGAGCAAAGGGCGUCCUGGCCUACGACUCGAGUCUGCCUGCGAACGGACCUGAGGUCUUCAUUCGCGACUCGAUGACCAAAUUCAAGGUCAAGACGGCCCAAGGAGGCAAGAUCGCUCUCGAAGUGGCGUCUACGGCUGAUCGACCCCUCACUUUCUACCUCAAUCGCCCCCUCAUCGCCUUGCUAGAGACGCUCGGCGUACCGGCGAAGAGCAUGCUUAAGCUGCAAGACCGAGCUCUAGCCACGGUACGGGAGUCGGUCACCAGCACCGCGGCCGCUAUUCGCCUUCUGCGCAUCUCAGGCUACGGGUCAGCUCCGCGUGCCGCCGACCUUUUUCAGACGCUGGCUCGCGUCCUCGACAUCGAUGCCGUGCGAGUCGACUACUUGAAGCGCUGCAACAUGACAUGCUUGACGGCCACGCUCAAGAACAUGAAGUACCGGGGAAGAAUUCAGGUGGACAAGGCUUGGACGCUUAUGGGCGUGGUGGACGAGACGGGCUGGCUCAAGGAAGGGGAAGUCUACGCACAGCUUCGAGUCGGCGGUGACGGAGGAGGCAUCGAGACAACUUUCCUCACGGGCCGCUGCAUCAUAGGGCGUAGCCCUUACCUCGCUCCAGGGGAUGUCCAAUUCGCCCAGCUGAAAGGCGAGCCGCCCGAGGGAUCCCCGCUCAACGACCUGUACAACUGCAUCGUCUUCUCGCAGCAUGGGCAUCGUCCCCUCUCGAAUCAGCUGGCGGGAGGUGACCUUGACGGCGACCUGUACAACAUCAUCCAGAACCCGGCCCUCUUUCCCGAGCGUACGGUUCAGUCCGCGGGCUACGACCCUGCCAAGUCCACCGAGCUGGAUCGCCCCUGCACUAUCGAGGAUGUGGUCAAGUUCUUCCUCACCUUCAUCCAAACGGACAGAAUCAGCGCCAUUGCCGAUCGUCAUCUGUGCCUGUCUGACCGUAGUCCCAAGGGCGUGGAAGACCCACAGUGCAUACAGCUGGCGGAGAUGGCUAGCAUUGCGGUGGACUACCAGAAGAGUGGAGUGGCGCCUGACUUUCGGAGUAUGCCCCGCCUACCGGACGAUGCCAAGCCCGACUACAUGCAGUCCGAGUCGCGCGUCGAGAUCACCCCGGGAUCGAGCGAACGUCGUAAAAGAUGGCAACGUGAGCAGUUCACCUACUACCAAAGCAACAAAGCCCUCGGCCAGCUAUUCCGCCGCAUAGAGGUGACAGCCUCGAUAGACCAAUGGGGUCGAUCUGCUCCCCCUUCUUUCCCCGAAUCUCACCUCCGAACCAAGCUCUGGGCAAAAUUACGCUCCCACCUACCCACAGGUUGGGACUCGCCAGACCUCAGCUACGAGGGCGUACAGAUUGCCUCCUUCUACCAGAAGCUGCAGAUUCUCGCGGACCGUUAUUCCCCCGAACACAGGACCUUCAGCUUGACCGAGUGCGAGGUCUUCAUGGGCGUCAUACUGAGUCGACCUGCUCCGCGGGGUGCUGGUGGAGGGAACGGGAGGGUUUACGAUACGCAGAUGGGGUUGAGGGACGAGUUUGCUGAGUGGAUCGAUGCUGCAUUGGGGGAUCAGUGUGGGAAGAGGAGCGUGAGUGAGGUCGGGAUGCAAGAGGAUGGUUUUCAGAUGCAGAGCCACGGCGAGGGGCAUGGGGAUGGCGGUGACUCGUGGGACUCGCCCAUCAUCGACAUCGCUUCCCUUCGCGCUGCCACUAGUCUCGAAGCCAAGGAGGCCCUGGCAAGGGACGCGCGUUCCGUCCUUGUUCAGCUCGCGCGAUGGAUCAAGGCGGCGGAGCAUCGUCAAGACAGCUAUGGCAGUGGGGAGGGAAGCGGGACGAUGGAGGCGGCCAAGUGGGUUGCGAUUGGGCCUGCCUUGCGCAAGUGUGAGGAGCUGGACCUCUACGAAUUGGAGAUGAGGAGGGAGCGUAAUGAGAGGGAGAUGGAGGAGUGAGUGGACCAAGAAAAAAGGGAGGAGCCAGAGCGAGUUCCGACGAGCCCAUCCAACUUUUGAAGUCAAAAUUCUUCUCCUUGAGUAAUCAUCAAUCACCUAUCAUCCUCAACGGCACGCAUGCUCAUCUACCGGUGGCGUUGCCAAUCCUCUCCCCAACCCUAACCAU